AUGCCCAAAGCAAAGGGAAGAGCGAAGCAGUUCGCUGAUUGGGAAGAGAAGCCCGUGCAAGAUUACGACCCUGAAACCGAACCACGCAUCGAAGAUGAGGAGAGUGACGACGAUGAUAUUGACGAGGAUGCCGGCACGGAGCACUAUGUCUCCGUCGGCAAGUCGAAGCUCCAGCGCAAAGACCCCGUCUCCCUCGGUCCGCAGUAUCGCGGUGCGCGCGUGAGCCGCGAUGCGCUUGACCAGUCCUCUGAUGACGACGAAGACGACGACGAAGAGGAAGAGGACGAUCAAGAAGGGCUGGGGUCUGAUUCGGAAGACUACGAGAGCGCACAGGAGGGGUUCGAUGACCCCGAUGACGCAGAUCUGGAGAGAGACCAGCUGGAGCAUGAUGGCGAGGACGCUGAGAUCGACAGCGAGGACGCGCUUGGCGAGAGCGACGAGGAGAGGUUCAAGGACUUCACGUUCAGGGGCAGCUCCCAGGCUCUGCCGGUGAGAGGAAAGAAGGUCAAGAGACCAACGGCGUCUGACUUCAUGGACGAGGAAGCCGACGAGUCGGAAGACGACGAGGGUCGAUCACUACAAGCCGAUGAAGACGAGGAGGAUGACAGCGAAGAGGAUGAGGACGCUUCUGACCUCGAGGGAUUCAUCGAUGACGGCGAGGACGAAUCGGAAGAGGAGGACGAUGAAGAUGAAGAGCGAGGUAGCAGUGGCAGCGAUGACGACGAAGAUGAGGCACCAGCCGCCAAAGGCAAGCGCGGAGAUCUGGCCUCCACGUUCGCCUCGGGAGCGCAAAAUAUCACUGGUGCCAUUGCCAGCUCGAUCCAGAAGGACGUCGCCAAAGGUCAGGCCGUACGGCAACAAAGAAAAGCAUUCGAUGCAGCACUUAACAUCCGGAUUCGCUUGCAGAAGGCUUUGGUAGCAGUCAACUCCUUCAGCGCCUCGGACGAAACAGAGGCGACGACGGAGCCUUAUGAAGCCGCCGAAGCUGCCGCAGUCAAGCUGCUGAAUACCAUUGGCGACUAUCGCUUCGCCAUGCAAGGAAAGACCGGCCAGAAGAGGAAAAGGGGCCUUGAUGUGGGUGCAUCUAGUGGAGACAUUUGGGAUAGCAUCCAGGAGCUCGAGCGUCCAGCAGUGGCACGCCGGAAGGCUGUCCUAGAGAACUGGUCUAAGAAGGUGAAGGCUACGCAAGCGAACAACUCGGGCAUCAGCAAAGGAAGCAAGUUCGUCAAGGUUGACGAGCCUCUCACCAUGCUUCUGGAGAACCAACUGCAAGAUUCCGAAAGGCUCAUCAAGCGGACACGAGUCCCUCGAUCUUGCGCCCCGGUCCAAGUCUCACAGAAGGUCAACGAGGACGCAGACAUCUACGACGAUGCAGACUUUUACCAGCUGCUUCUGAAGGAGCUGGUCGAUCAGCGCACUGCCGACACAGGUGCCGCCGGGCAGGCAGCAACAAUCCGUUAUGCCGCCGUCAAGGAGGCAAAGAACAAGAAGCACGUAGACACGAAAGCGAGCAAAGGCAGGAAGAUGCGGUUCAACGUGCACGAGAAACUACAAAGUUUCAUGGCACCGGAAGACCGAAGGGGCUGGGAGCAGCAUGCUAUUGACCGGUUCUUCGGCACUCUCUUCGGCCAGAAGAUGGUACUCAACGAAGAUGAGGCCACUGACGAGGAGAUGGGCGAUGAUGUCGAUGCCGCGGAAGCUGGCCUUCGCUUGUUUAGAAAUUAG